ACAAGGUCAUCAUUUAUUUCUUACUUCCUAUUUUGAGUGCAAUGCUUCUACUAUCCAUAGUUAUAGGAAUUGCUUGGGUUUUUCAAAGAAAGACCAAGAAAAAGAUAGAAAUGGGACAAACGGAAAGAAUUGAUCAGAGAGAUCUAUUCGCAAUAUGUAACUAUGAUGGUAGAAUUGUGUAUGAAAAUAUCAUUGAGGCCACAGAGAACUUUGAUGACAAGCACUGCAUUGGGAAGGGAGGAUAUGGAAGUGUUUACAAAGCAAAUUUAUCUACUGGUCAAUUGGUAGCUGUGAAGAAGCUUCAUCCAGUACAAGAGGAUGCUGACAUGGUCAACAAAAAACAGUUUACAAAUGAGAUUCGUGCAUUAACUGAAAUACGACACAAAAACAUUGUGAAAUUGUAUGGUUUUUGUUCACAAGCACGACACUCAUUUUUGGUUUAUGAGUAUUUGGAAAGGGGAAGUUUGGCAAAGAUCCUAGGAGAUGCAGAGAGGGCAACGGAGUUUGAUUGGAUCAAGAGAAUAAGUGUAAUCAAAGGUGUGGCCAAUGCACUAUCUUACAUGCACAAUGAUUGCUCACCACCAAUAAUUCAUAGAGAUAUAUCUGGUAGCAAUAUUUUGUUGGAUUCAAAGUAUGAGGCUCAUGUGGCAGACUUCGGCAUUGCAAGGCUUCUAAUGCCCGAUUCAAGUAAUUGGACUUCACUUGCAGGCACUUAUGGCUAUCUUCCUCCAGAGUGUGCUUAUACAAUGAAGGUGACAGAAAAGUGUGAUGUGUAUAGUUUUGGUGUGGUAACAAUAGAAACACUAAUGGGAAGGCACCCUGGUGAGCUCCUUUCAUCUUUAUCACUGUCAUCAUCAUCAGCUAUGCAGACCAUGAUGUUGAAAGAUAUUUUGGAUCAACGGCUCCCUCUUCCCAUAGCUGAAAUUUAUGGAGCGGUGGUUUCUAUUGUAAAAAUGGCAUUUACAUGCUUGGAUGCUAAUCCCCAAUCUCGACCAACCAUGAAACAUGUGUCUCAUGAGCUAUCAUCUCACAAGCCAUUUUUUAUUGAGUCAUUUCACACAGUCUCAUUAGGAGAAUUAUUGCAUGGAGGAAAAGUACUCAAGUAGAUUCAAGCUCGUCUUUCUUGCUAGAGACAUUCAAUAUGUGAUUAAUAUAUCAAAUAUAAUCCUUAUUAUGUUUCUUUCUUUUUUGUCUAAUAAUCUUAGCAUUUUUUCAAGACGAAGUUAUG